CUUUCUCUCUUGUUCUCAUCCUCCAUUACUGCAUUCUUUCAUUUACUAUCUGCCUGUGUUUUUCACAGACAGACACUAACAAUGGCCACCAGAGCAAUGCAGGUCGUUCAGUUUCUCUCUUUUCUCUUCAGCUUACUUCUUCAACACAGUCACAGUCAGGAAGAUAAUUAUAGCGGCUGGAGGACUGCUCAUGCCACCUUCUAUGGAGGCAGUGAUGCAGCUGGAACAAUGGGUGGAGCUUGUGGAUAUGGAAAUUUGUACAGCCAAGGUUAUGGAACAAGUACAGCAGCUCUCAGCACUGCUCUGUUCAACAAUGGCAAGAGCUGUGGUGCCUGUUUCGAGUUGCGGUGCAAUCAAGAUCCGAAAUGGUGUCGUUCCGGUGUCAUUACGGUCACGGCGACCAACUUUUGCCCUCCUAAUAAUGCUUUGCCAAACAACAAUGGCGGAUGGUGUAACCCUCCUCUUCAACAUUUCGAUUUAGCAGAGCCUGCUUUCUUGCAGAUUGCAGAGUAUCGUGCUGGGAUUGUGCCUGUUCUCUAUAGGAGGGUUCCAUGUGUGAAGAAAGGAGGUAUAAGGUUCACCAUUAAUGGACAUUCUUACUUCAAUUUAGUCCUGUUAACUAAUGUUGGAGGCUCAGGGGACAUUCAGGCAGCGUUUAUUAAAGGAUCGAGAACUGGUUGGAUGGCAAUGACUAGAAACUGGGGUCAGAAUUGGCAAAGCAAUUCGUAUCUUAAUGGUCAAAGCCUCUCGUUUAGAGUCAUAGACAGUGAUGGUCAAACUCUCACUAGCAACAAUGUGGUGCCUCCUAAUUGGCACUUUGGACAGACUUUUGAAGGUGGUCAAUUUUAGAAAAAUAUGUUGUACAAAACACCUCCGCUGAAAUAUUUUAGAAGGUGAUGGAGUUUAGAUAUUUAUAUGCUCUGCUUUAACGCAAAGGUGACAAAAUUACGCCCGCUUUGCUUGUGAAUUGUGAGAGAUAUAUAAGCUACUUUAAUUAACCAGCUGAAGUAUUUAUAUACAUAUACAUACAUAAAAUCUCAAGUUCUAAAUAUUAAUAAGUGGCUCUGAAAUAUUCGAGCCUGCCUGAUUAAUGUCACUAGGACGAUUGUUUUCUACCUUGUGUAUGGUGUAUUGCCAGCCUAGUUAAUGAUAAGUUGUGCUCUCGUUAUGGUUUCGUAAUUAAAGUGAACUC